AGAAACAGAACUUUGCAGGCUUUUUCAUGUCAGAUACCAUCCCCCUUCCCUCUCCCUGUCUCUCUCCUGUGUGUGGGACGUUGCUGCUUGAGAAAUAAAAGAAGCUACAGAAGCAGAAGCCAGUGCCACUGCAAAAGCCUUUUUACUUGCACCUUUUCCCCCUCUAUACUACUGCUCCACUCGCAUACCAACUCACCAAACAGGACCAAGAGCUUUUGAGCUAUUAAAACCCAACAAAAACAAACAAACAGAACCCAGUUAAAAAAGCAAACCCUGACCAAUCUCUAUCUAUCUCUCUCUCUCUCUCCAUGGACUUGCAACUGAAGCAAUGGAGGAGGCAGCAGGACGGGUCAGAGCCACCACCAGCAGCAUCAGAAGCACCCUCUGCGAAGUUGCCAAGGCUCGUUCUUGACGGACCCCAUCACCCGCAAUCCCAAUCGCAAUCGCAAUCGCAAUCGCAACCAAUGCAAUCUCUAGCUGCUGCCUCCUCCUCCUCCUCCUCCUCCACUCUCUCUCUGUUUGUUCCCGAUAAACUCAGCAGCAACAUGACAGCAGCAGCGUUCCCAGAUUCUGCUCCUGCUGUCCCCAGAUCCUUCCCCAGGAUGGGAAGCUAUUUCAGCUGGGCUCAGCGGCAGGAGCUGGAACUUCAGGCUCUGAUCUACAGGUUCAUGCUAGCUGGAGCCGCCGUCCCAGCCGAGCUGCUCCAGCCGAUCAAGAAGAGCCUCCUUCAGGCCCCUUGUUUCCUCCACCAUCCUCUUGGCCAUCUGCAACAUUACCCUCAAUAUCAACCUGCUUUGUUGCAGGCAGGGUAUUGGGGCAGAGCCUCCAUGGAUCCCGAGCCUGGGAGGUGCCGACGCACCGAUGGCAAGAAGUGGCGGUGCUCGAGGGACGUGGUGCCCGGCCAGAAGUACUGCGAGCGCCACAUGCAUCGCGGCCGUAACCGUUCAAGAAAGCCUGUGGAAAUCCCCACGCCUGCCGCCGCCGCCGCCGCUGCCCAUGGUGGCGCUGCCGGGGGCUUUGGUGGGAGUAAUCACAAAUCUGCUGAUCCCGUGGUCGCCGCUGCCCCUCUAGCGGCAGUGGCCGGGGGCGGCCAUUUCUCGCUCUCUGGGCCUUCGCCCUCCAUCGAUCUCUUCCAAAGUUACUCCGAGCCCAAGGGUGACGAGCAGCACCUCUUUGAAUCCCGGAGCGAGGUGAACGGUGGCAGCGGCAGAUCCGACGGGCAUAUAUUGAGGCACUUCUUCGACGACUGGCCGAGAUCGCUCCAGGAUUCCGACAACUCCUCGAGCAACGCCAGCCCGAUGAGCUCAUCCACCUGCCUCCUGUCCAUCUCCAUCCCCGGGAACCCCUCCUCCGACGUGUCGCUGAAGCUGUCCACGGGCCAUGGCAGCGACGAGCCCAGCGCGAACGGUAGGAGCGCCGCCGAGAGGGACCCGCCUCAACUUGGGAAUUGGGGCACCGGCUGGUCCCCGAACCAGGUGGCCUCGAUGGGGGGUCCGUUGGCGGAGGCGCUGAGGUCGUCCACGAGCCAUUCGUCGUCCCCCACGAGCGUCCUGCAUCAGCAGGUGCCCCGCGGUUUGGCCUCAGCCUCGGAAGCCAGCUACGUUAGCACCUAAUUUUGGGGUCAUAGGUGGUCUUAAAUAGGUGGGGGAGGGGGCGACCAACAGACAAUGGUGUCCCAAUCUUUCUUUGCUGGUUUCGUUUGGUUACUCUUCCCUGCUCACUUCAUUCAGAUGAUACUCUGUAAAUUGGGUGUGUGCCUUCUGUGGUCCUACGCCACGUUAUCUGAUCUGAUCUUUCCUUUAA